AGCGUGAGUUCGGAAUGAAAGCAGUACUCAAGUUUUUAUUUUUGAUUGAAAACAAUAUAUUUGAGCUGAGUUAUCUUAAAUGUUAUUAUUCAGUCCUGACCCUGUGCAUAAAUGAUGGUAGCACGUAAAUCUGCAUUUAAAUCAAUUAUCGUCAGAUGUUGUUUACAGUCAUGUACAGGCAUAAUAGGUCGAUUGCAGUCAUGAUAUUCUAUACAUCCGCAUGUAGAAGAUGAUAUUCAUCUUGCAUGGAAGGAACUAGUAGUGUAGAUGCCCAAGCUCCAGGUGUAAAUACUGAGACAUCGGACUGUGAUGGCAUCGUUUUGUCAAGUAAGCCUUUGGAACCCAUGGUAGAGGACUGCUGUGGUUUGGGAUGUACACCUUGUGUAUUUGAUAUCUAUGAGCAGGAGGUAGUUGCUUGGAAGAAACAGUGUGGCUUUUUAAAGUACCAGGAUCCCACUACUCAUUGUGACAAGCAGAAAUUUCUGGAUAAAGCAAAGUAUACAAGCUUUCAGCUCAUUAGUUUAUCUGCCAUUUCGCCGGACACCAAUAUCUUCAGGUUUAAUAUUCCAAAUGGAGGCAGCCUGCAUCUUAAUCCUGGACAACAUCUAAUUCUCAGGGGCAAGUUUGGUGGUCGAACCCUAACACGGCAGUACACUCCCAUCAGUGGCGUUUCGGAGCGUGGUUAUUUUGAUGUCAUAAUAAAGUUGUACCCACAUGGGAAGAUGUCAAGGUUUGUAAAGACAUGGAAUGUAGGAGAUACAAUUGAAUGGAGAGGACCAUUCGGAGAAUUCUUAUACAAGGCAAACUCGUAUAGGAGAGUCGUGAUGAUAGCUGGAGGGACGGGUAUCACGCCGAUGAUGCAGGUGAUUCCGCAGAUCCUCGACAACGAUGAAGACGAGACCUUCGUGCGACUCAUCUACAGCAAUCGAGACUACGACGGCGUGCUGCUGAAGUCACGGCUCGAUUCGCGGAAGGACAUGUGGAACUUCACGGUCUUAUACGUGCUCACGAAGGCAAGUCAAGAUGUGUGUGCUGUAAAAUAUGGAGACAACAUUCUUUUUGGGUGCAUCAAUAAAGAACUGCUUGAGAAAGAAUUGAAAGUAGCUGAUGGUAAACAGUUAGUGCUGAUAUGUGGGACAAAGUCAUUCGACAGGGAUGUUAUUGCAAUCGUGAAGGAGAUGGGUCUUUCAGAAAAUAGUUAUUUCAGGUUUUAAUAUGCAUUUUGUACCCCGGUGUGGAUAUGGAAUCUACAUACACACAUAGAAUAGGAUUACAUUUGUGCAUUUCCAUUAUAUAUAUAUAUACAAUGGAAUAUGAUAUAUACGGAAAAAAUCUUUUAGUGAUCAAAAUGACAUAUAUGGUUACUCUCAGGUUAGGCAUAUCUGUACUAAUAUGCUAUAAAUUUGAGUAUUUUGUUACUUAGAACUGAAGAUCUAGGCUGUGGGUGUUGACAAUUUUAAAUGCACUACAUACUAGUAAGCUGUAUUGACACAUACUCAUUUGUUUCGUAACAACAUAUUACAUAGAUCUGUACAGAUCUUGGGAAAAAUUGAUUUAAAUGAAAUGCAAAAUAAUUGAUGUGAAUUGUGAAAAUAUAAAGUUUAUUUUAGCAAAAGUAAACGUCAAUGGUAUCGUAGGAUGGUUUCCUUGUAAAGGUGACCCGUGCUAGCAUUUACUUGAGCAUUCUUUCUUAAUAUACGACAUUCUGACUUGCAAUAGUGUGUUAUUUUAAAACUUAAAUAAUUAAUGCAUACUUAUAUGUGAAAUUAUCUUAAAAUAUUGAAUGUUGAAUUGAAUACAUGAAGUUUGAAUAUUGAUUACAGCAAUAAAAAACACGUUGGCAUUACAGUAAAA